AUGAGUUUAUAUUUUACAUUGUUAUUUGCGCUACUGACAGUAGAAAUGGCUGUAUUGUUUGUGUUAGUAUUGCCACUACCUAACAAGAUCAGAAAAUUGCUAUACAACACCUAUCAAAGACUGUACCAUAAUCAACAAGUGAAGACUGUCACUAUCAUACUAUCCAUAAUUGUUGGUCUGUUAUUCAUAGACUCGUGGAAGAGAGCACAGGUCAAUGUAACGUUGUAUCGUCAUCAAAAUUAUAAUCAAGAUGAUAGAUUGAAUAUUGCUAAUCAGUAUGAUUCUCAUGCGGUGACCCCGACUCAAGCGUUGGCAUCCAGGGCUUAUAAUCAAAGAAACGUCUAUAUCUCUGGGUUUAUACUGUAUUUCAUGGUCGGAAUCCCUACUGUGAUGAGUAUCGUAAGAAGAUUAGUUAAAUAUCAAGAUUUAAUUAGUAAUAAGAAGACACAAGAAAAAGAUGAUAGCGAGAUCAUAAGAUUAAAGAAAGAAUUAGAUGCUAAGACGGUUGAUGUAGAGACUUUACAAAAACAAGUGACAAAUGCAGAAAAAUAUUUCGAUGAGCAAAAUAAACCAAAGACUGAAACUGUUACCAAGACAGAAUGA